AUGCCGAACGAAAGCUGGCAAACAGUUGGAAAAUCAAAGAAGAUUACAACACCAUCAAAAAGUGUAACAAAUAUACCAAAAGCUGAAGUGAAAAAUAUCAAAUUGUCAGAUAGUGCAUUUAGUUCAAUGAGACAAAGAGAGACUGAAGAUGGUGAAAAAGACGAAUCAACGGUAACAAAUAUAGAACAAUCAAAAUCAACUUCCGUUGUAAAACCAUCAACACUAAAGCCGUCGAAAACACCGACAACAAUUAAUCUAAAACAAGCAUUGCAAAAUAUUGAUGUUUCGGUCUUGGAAAAUGAAUAUUCAUCGACUAAUGAUAAAACAUCUGCAACUUCUGUAUGGGUUGAAAAGGUUAUAUAUGCCUUUAUUGAACAAAUCAAAGAUGUAACAACGACUGAUCCAAUAUUUGCAAAAGAAGAUAAUGAUUAUCCUAUGAAUGCAUUAAAAUCGCCUGUUCGAGAUUUUUUAUCAAAAAAUUUCAAACAACAAUCAAUUUUAAAAGCAAUCAAGAUUUGUCGCGAAAGUUUGUUAAACACCAGUUCAGAUUCAUCCGCCAUAGUGGGUUAUCAAGUAUUAUUGCAAUUUUUUAUUCGACACAUUACUGAUCAAUCAGAUCGAAUUUUAAACGAUGUUGAUACUGUAUCAAAAAUGUUGAAAAAAUAUUCAUCUGAUAAAAUAAUGCGUUUAUUGUGGUGUUAUAGUCAAUUUCGAUACAAACAACCUGGUUUAGCGUUAGAAAUUUGGUUCCGUUUAUUUUAUCCGUUGAUUGAAAAUCGAGUGUAUAAUCAGUUUGUUGUCGAUGAUUUGGCUCAAUUGACAAAACGAAAUUCAUCAUAUGAAGAAUUGUUGAAACCUGAUAAUCAAUUUAGUUUAAAGACUUUUCUAGAAUUUAUGGAAUUCAUUGAUCGACCCAAUCCGGCCAUUACAAAACAAAUGAGAUGUUCAUUGGGACAAAGUUGUUCAACUAUUCAAGAUUUGUUUAUCAAGGAUUCAAAGAAUUUGUCUAAAGAUGGUAGUAAUUAUUUUAAAAUUUUAUUUCCACUAUUGAGUGAUAAUAAACAACGUUCGGCAAAGAAUCAAACUCAAAUUGACCGUAUGAUUAUGGCAUGUUUUGAUGAUAAAACUGUAUCAAAUACAUGGUUAUCGUUACAUAAAUCUUAUCCAAAGUCAACAAUAUCGCUAUUGAAUGUGAUUAAAACAAAUUCAAAACAAGUACUAAGUAAUCCAAAAGAACGACAUUCGCUUAUCCAACAAUUACGAGCUAUAUCGAGUGAUGCCGUAAAAUUAAAUGAUGGAAAACAUACUCCACAUGAUGAAUUUUUAAAUUUAUACAAAGAAAAUGACACAAUUACAAGUCGUGCACAAGGAAAAGGAAAACGUCGGUUUUUCAAAUUGACAUUAUUCCUCAUGGCAUGUAUCUCAUUAUAUUAUUUUUGGCCAUUAAUAACAUUAACUUUAUCGCCUUACUUCAAAGAUCAUCUUCAUCAUUUUCAACAUCCGGUUAUUCUAUCAAUGAGAAAACAAUUACAGACGAUUGAAAUACAGACAAAAAAAACACUUCAGCCUUAUUUAAGAAAAAGUGAAGAAUAUAUACGUUCGAGUGUUAUUGCUGCUGAACCUUACGUGGAAAUGGGAUAUAAUCAUGCGCGAAAACAAGUGGAUCAUGUGUGGAAAUACUUACAAUCAUUACAAGGUCCAGCGAGUGAAUUAGCAAUUGUUCUUGCUGAUCAGAUUCGUCAAAUAUCAUUCGUUAUUUAUGAACAUUGUAUCAAAUAUUUAAGUAUUUUAUUCGAUAUGGGUAGUCGUUAUACUGAACAGUCUGUGAAUAUUUCAAAAAUAUAUGUUAAACAACUUUAUGUGAUUUUGUAUGACCAAUGGGAACACUUGGAUACAACAGAUCUGAAAAUGAAAGCAGAAAGAUUAAUCAAAACAAUCAAAACACGAUUUUCAUCUUCUGCCUAA